AUGCCUCGAACAUGUGCCAUAGAAAAAUGUAAACGUAAAUCACGUUCGAUAUGUUCAUGUUGUAAUAAAAGUCUUUGUCAUGAUCAUUUAAAAGAACAUGAUGAUUUGAAUAAUCCUCAAUUGAAUCCUUUAAUUAAUGAAUUUAAUAAAUUGGAUGAACAACUCAAAUCAUCAAAUACAGACAAAUUAAUUGGUGAUUGUCGUCAAAAACUUGUUCAAUGGCGUGAUAAUUGUUGUAAAAUGAUAAAUCAAUUAUAUGAACAAAAAAAUCAUGAACUUGAUCAACGUUGUUUACAAAAACUUGAUGAACAACGAACACAAUUAAAUCAAAUACGUUCAAAAAUGACAGAACUCAUACGUCAACAAGAAAGCAAUCAAGGACAUAUUGAUUCAAUAACAGUAGCUAUUCGUCAUAUUCAGGACGAAAUAAAAACUAUUGAAAAUACACGUUUACAACUCGAAAUUCGUCCAUUAACAAUAGAUGAUAGUUUGAUUUUUAUUGAAGAAUUUGAACCAAAUAAAUGUAAUUUAGUAAAUCUUACAACACCUUAUCGAACAAUUGAUUGUGCAGGUGAAUGGGGACCUGUACUUGCUAGUAAUAAUCGAUACUUAUUAAUAGAUCGACAUCCAAAUUUAUGUUUAAUUAAUCAAAAAUUUGAAAUAAUUAAACAAUCUCCAUGGAAAUUUGAUUUUAUUCGUGAUAUGUGUUGGUCAUCAACAUUAAAUUGUUUUAUUGUAACAACUAGAAGUCGUGAAAUUUAUCUUGUUAAUGAAAAAUCAUUAGCAACAGAACUUGUUCAAACUAUUGAAGAACAAGAUUGGUCAUCGUGUACAUGUUCUGAUACAUCUUUUUAUUUAACUGCACGUCGAGAAGGAACAAAUAUUUUUGAAUUUAAUCUUUUAUCUUCAUUUGCUUUGAUAAAACGAUGGAAACCUCCACAUUCAUGUAAACAUUAUGAAGUUAUACUUAAUACUGCAUAUAAAAAUAAAACACUUGCUUUAGUUAUUUCACAUUCUACCACUAGUAUUGUACAUUUAGAACUUCGUUCAUCAAUAACACUCGAUCGACUUUGGUUACUUGACCUUAAUAUUUCACAUACAAUUGGUCAACCAUUAAUACGUUGUUCUUCAUUAAUAUGUGAUGAAUGGCUUGUUGUGGAUAACAAUACUUCACAAUUAUUUCAUAUCAAAAAAGAUGGACAAAUUAAAUCUGUAUAUCCAUGUAAUCCAUCACCUUGGAAUGCUGUUCUGUUUGGUUCUAAUCUAUUGGCUAUACGGACUAAAAACAGUGUCAAUUUUUAUAAAUUAUAA